GGUGUUUGCCCACAAAAUCGAUAACAGAACGCGAAAAACAUAAAUAAUAAAUAACAAAUGUGGCCAUUUACCGCAAAAACGCAACUCGUCACCGGCAAAAUCUAGUUCCGGAUCGGCGUAAAUAAAAACCGGAACGAGCGACGACCCAACGAAGCAAAACCGCAAUCCGUGUAAAAACGCGACUUUUCACCCCCGCAGUGCUUUCCCCGCAAAUACGAGCCCCUCGAGCCCCCUCGGUAACUCAGUCAACGAUUAUCUCGACCGUGAUAAGAAUAAGCAAAGUUUGGUAAACAUAACCUCAAAAUGUCGAAGAGACAUGCAGAAGAAAGUUCCAGCGGGAAUCCGCCCCCGAUUAAGAAAAUCCACUUCGAGCCCCAUUUGAUAGGGCCGGUGUCCACGCUCGAGGAGAUGGAUAUCAAAGUGUUGCAGUUCCAGAACAAGAAGUUGGCCCAACGAAUCGAGCAGCGGUAUCGGACUGAACAGGAACUGCGACAGAGGAUCGAACAGUUGGAGAAGAGACAGACACAAGACGACGCUAUGUUGAACGUAGUGAACCGCUACUGGAACCAGUUGAACGAAGACAUCCGGAUUUUGUUGCAGAGGUUCGACGCAGAGACCGCGGACGAGUCGGAAAAUAAAAACGAGAACGAAGCCACAACUUCAUUCCUGUUACAACUAUCCACGUGGGACAAAGACGAACUUAACGACAAACUGGCGAACAGAGUCCAGGUGUCGCGGCGCGCCGUCGCUAAGGUCAUCCAAGCCUUCGACCGCCUCAUGCAACGUAACGAAAAAAUUACUCUAGCUUUGAAGGGAGAGCUCGAAGGGCAGGAUGCUCCGAGCGUCGACGAAGUCAUUUGUCAGACGAACGUGCAACUGCAGGCCGAAAACCGCAAUCUCCAAGCCCUACACACCUCCCUUCACGAAAAAUACCACCUCAAUAGUCUCAAAGUGGCCGAAUUGCACGACUCUGUAACGGCGAAAGAAACCGAAAUCGCGGAAUUGAAAAACCAAAUCGACGACCUCCAGUACGAGCUGGAGAAGGUGAGGAAUAGGAAUGAUAAACUGGAGACGCACCUCGCUGAAGCUAUUGAGAAACUGAAGACGUAUCACCAGUUGCACGGUGACCCUGAGAAGGGGCCGCAGCAGAAGCAGGUGCAGUCGAACGUGUCGCAGGCGAAGUUGGAGGAUUUGAUGAAGGAGGUGGAGGAGUUGACGGAAUUGGCGAACAAUAGGCUGCAGGAGUUGGAUAAGUUGCAUCAGACGCAUAGGGAGACGUUGAAGGAGGUGGAGAAGUUGAAGAUGGAUAUUCGGCAGCUUCCGGAGAGCGUCAUCGUGGAGACGACGGAGUACAAGUGUCUGCAGUCGCAAUUUUCGGUACUUUAUAACGAGUCAAUGCAGCUGAAGACGCAGCUGGACGAAGCGAGACAGCAGCUGCAGACGAGUAAGAACGCACACUUGAGGAACAUAGAAAUGAUGGAGAGCGAAGAACUCAUAGCUCAGAAGAAGCUCCGCCAGGAGGUCAUGCAACUGGAAGAUUUCUUGGCGCAGCUGCGUAAAGAGUACGAAAUGUUGAGGAUCGAAUUUGAGCAGAAUUUAGCCGCUAACGAACAAACCGGACCCAUAAAUCGAGAAAUGCGACACCUUAUAACAUCGCUCCAGAACAACACACAACAACUAAAGGGCGAAGUCCACCGCUACAAGAGAAAAUACAAAGAAGCGAACGCAGAAAUCCCGAAACUGAAGAAAGACAUUGAAGAUUUGAACGCGAAACUGGCGCAAGUCCAAGGAGCCAACCAAGAAUCCAAAGAAAACAUAAAAAAAGAAAUCAUUAAAGAGGAAGACGGGUCGAAUAGCGAGUCGGCGCAAAUUAAAGAAGAACCGACGUCCGCACCCACCGUGAAGAAAGAAGAAGACGAAUCAGAGCAAACGGAGGAAGGGGAUGGUGAAAAAGGUUCGAAUUCUGGGAGUUCUCCGUCAGGGAAGAAGGACGCCGUGAAGCAGGAGAAGAACGCCACGAAGAAGGAACCCACGAAGACGGAAAAGGACCACCGCGAAGCACAGAGGGUCAAAGAUGCGAAAAUCGCCGAAAGCGAGAUAGUUAGGGACUUGAAAAACCAGUUGAAGAAAGCUUUGAACGAGCAAAAGGAGAUGAAGCUCCUCCUCGACAUGUACAAGGGCGUCAGCAAAGAGCAGCGCGACAAAGUCCAACUCAUGGCUGCCGAAAAAAAACUCCGCACUGAGCUCGAAGACAUCCGCCAGCAAAUCAAGAAGAUGCAGGACAGCAAGAGAGACGACAAGCGAAAGCUCGCCGAAGACGAGGCCAUCAAGAAAAUCAAGCAGCUAGAAGAGCAAAAAUACGAACUACAAAAACAGGUAGCGUCUCAAAAACCUGAUGCGAAUUGGGGUCACAAUGUUUUGCACCAGAUGCGUCCGUUCGUCGGCUCCCACGAAGAGGAGGCCCUCCUCAACGAGAUGGAAGUGACGGGGCAAGCGUUCGAGGACAUGCAGGAGCAGAACUCGCGCUUGAUCCAGCAGCUGCGCGAGAAAGACGACGCCAACUUCAAGCUAAUGUCGGAACGGAUUAAAUCGAAUCAGUUGCAUAAGCUAGCACGGGAGGAGAAGGACGUGCUGAAGGAGCAAGUGAGCACGUUGACGACGCAGGUGGAGGCGGCGAACUUAGUGGUGCGCAAGCUGGAGGAGAAGGAGAGGAUACUCCAGAACACGCUGGCGACGUGCGAGAAGGAGCUGGCGCUGCGCCAGCAAGCGAUGGAGAUGCACAAGCGGAAGGCCAUCGAGAGCGCGCAGUCGGCGGCGGACUUGAAGCUGCAUUUAGAGAAGUACCACUCGCAGAUGAAGGAGGCGCAGCAGGUGGUGGCUGAAAAGACGAGCUCGCUGGAGGCGGAGGCGUUCAAGACGAAGAGGUUACAAGAAGAGAUCGCGCAGUUGAAGCGGAAGGCGGAGAGGAUGAAGAAGAUGGAGUUGGCGGGGACGACUUUGGACGAGGUGAUGAUGGAGGAGAUUCGGGAGUAUAAGGAGACGUUGACGUGUCCGUCGUGUAAAGUUAAGAGGAAGGACGCGGUUUUGUCCAAAUGCUUCCACGUUUUUUGCUACGAUUGUCUUAAGACGAGGUACGAGACGAGGCAGAGGAAGUGUCCUAAAUGUAACUGCGCGUUCGGGGCGAACGACUACCAUCGCUUGUUUUUAUCUAAUUAAAUGUAAUUUUAUAUGUGCUAGGGAAUCUGAAGUAGUAUUUAAACUAGGGUUAGAGGAGCUUUUGAUAUGUAUACAUUCGUAUUCUUAGUCGUUUCUUGAAGAAGAGAAACACAGUAUUGACAAGGUUAGUUUUUUA